AUGGAGCAAUACUAUAAAUUGCUCAAGAACGAGUACAAAAGUGAGCGUGAAUUGAUGUCUGGUCAAAAAGAAAUUGUGGUAUCGGCUGAGGAAAAAAGUGAAAGGUCAGUACUUGCUACUACCAGCGAUCUCAGCAGAAAUUACAGUGAUAUUCCAAGUUCUCUCAAAUCUGACAAACCAAAAAUUAAAAAGGAACCUGUGGUCGCCGAGACGAAUAAAUCGGUACGUCUUCGACCUAAACUGCAUACAACGGAUAAAGGUUAG